GCGUUGCGGAGCUCUGCUGAGCUAGCAGAGGGAGCGGGUCGCGGGUCGUGGCCAGGGCAAGUUUACUUUUUGGCCCUAGGCAGCCGCCGUCCGCAGCGCCCUAAAGCCCUUGGCCGGGACAGGACCCGCUCGGGCAGUCGCGGGUGACCCCUGACCCGGGCGCUCGGUACAGGGCUGACCAUGAAGUUGAAGGAACUUGAGAAGCCAGCUGUCCAAGCAUGGAGCCCAGCCAGCCAGUACCCUGUGUAUCUGGCCACAGGAACAUCUGCUCAGCAACUAGAUGCCUCUUUUAACACAAAUGCCACACUGGAAAUAUUUGAGGUUGAUUUCAGGGACCCUUCUCUGGACUUGAAACACAAAGGAAUUCUUUCUGUCUCGAGCAGGUUUCACAAGCUAGUCUGGGGAAGCUUUGGCAAUGGGCUGCUGGAAAACUCUGGAGUUAUUGCUGGUGGUGGAGACAAUGGCACACUUUCUCUGUACAGUGUGGUCCACAUCCUUUCUUCAGGAAAGGAGCCCUUGAUCGCCCAGAGACAGAAACACACAGGAGCUGUCAGAGCCCUGGACUUUAAUCCUUUCCAGGGCAAUCUCCUGGCCUCAGGAGCCAGUGAUUCUGAAAUCUUCAUUUGGGAUUUGAACAACAUGACUGUUCCAAUGACACCUGGAUCCAAGUCACAGAAACCCCCAGAAGACAUUAAAGCACUGUCUUGGAACCGCCACGUCCAGCACAUCCUGUCUUCUGCUCACCCCAGUGGUGUGGCAGUUGUGUGGGAUCUCAGGAAGAAUGAGCCCAUCAUCAAAGUCAGUGAGCACAGCGGCAGGAUGAACUGUUCGGGGCUGGCCUGGCACCCAGACAUAGCCACCCAGCUAGUGCUGUGCUCAGAGGAUGACCAGCUCCCGGUGAUCCAGCUAUGGGACCUGCGCUUUGCCUCCUCGCCCCUGAAGGUUCUGGAGAGCCACAGCAGGGGGAUCUUGUCAAUGUCAUGGAGCCAGGCUGAUGCUGAACUGCUGCUGAGCAGUGCCAAAGACAACCAGAUUCUUUGUUGGAAUCUGGCAAGCAGUGAGGUGGUGUACAAGCUGCCCACACAGAACAGCUGGUGCUUCGAUGUUCAGUGGUGCCCUCAGAACCCGCCUGUGUUCUCUGCUGUCUCCUUCGAUGGCUGGAUCAGUUUGUACUCUGUGAUGGGUAGGAGCUGGGAAGACCAGCACAUGAGGCAGGCUGACAAGAUUUGCUCUUCCUUUCACAAGGGCCAGCCUCUCCCUCUGCUGCAGGCUCCGGAGCAGAUGGCCCACGCAUCGUUAAUUCCUCCCUUGAAGAAGCCUCCCAAGUGGCUGAGAAGGCCAGCAGGCGUCUCAUUUGCCUUUGGGGGAAAGCUGGUCACUUUUGGCCUUCCCAGCAUCCCUGUCCAGCAGGUACCGCAGCCCUGCCCCCACCUGGUCUUCAUCAGUCAAGUCAUCACUGAAUCAGAAUUCCUGGCGAGGUCAGCUGUGCUGCAGGAGGCCUUGGGAUCUGGGAAUCUCCUUAAUUAUUGUCAGAGCAAGAUUCAGCAAGCUUCACUGCCAUGUGAAAGAUUGCUUUGGCAGUUCCUGAAGGUGAACUUAGAGCAUGACUCCAGGCUGAAAUUCCUCAGGCUGUUAGGUUACAGCAAAGAGGAGUUUCAGAAGAAGGUGGACACACGCUUGAAAAGUGACUUGAAGGGAGAGGAAAGCCCUCAGCCUGAGGCACACAACCCCAAAAGUGACAGAGCACACACCUUUUGCAGCCAGGCCUCCAAACACACUACCGAGGAAGCCUCUGCAUCCUCAGCCUUCUUUGAUGAGCUGGUCCCUCAGAACAUGACUCCUUGGGAGAUCCCCAUCACAGAAGACCCUGAUGGACUCUUGAGCCAGGCCCUGCUGCUUGGGGAACUGCAGCCUGCUGUGGAGCUGUGUAUGAGGGAGGAACGCUUUGCUGACGCCAUCAUCCUGGCUCAGGCUGGGGGUGCAGAGCUGCUGAAGCGGACACAAGAAUGCUACUUGGCCAAGAGGAGAACCAAAAUCUCACCGCUUCUAGCCUGUGUUGUAAAGAAGAAUUGGAAGGACCUAGUAUAUGCCUGUAGCCUGAAGAACUGGAGAGAGGCACUUGCCUUGCUACUGACAUAUUCAGGACCAGAGAAAUUCCCUGAGCUCUGUGACAUGCUGGGAACUCGCAUGGAGCAGGAGGGAGGCAGGGCACUCUCCUCUGAAGCCAGACUCUGCUAUGUGUGCUCAGGAAGUGUGGAACGGCUGGUGGAGAGCUGGGUGAAAUUCCAGCAAGCCUCAUGCCCCAUGGCUCUGCAGGACCUGAUGGAGAAGGUGAUGGUUCUCAGCAGGAGCCUGGAGCUGCUGCAGGGUUCCGACAAGAUGAGCCCAGGUCCUGCCACAACAUACAGGCUUACCCAGUAUGCCAGUCUCCUGGCAUCCCAAGGCAGCCUGGCUAUUGCCAUGAGCCUCCUACCCAGUGACUGUAUCCAGCCAGCAGCUCAGCAGCUGAGAGAUCGGCUUUUCCAUGCCCAGGGCUCUGCUGUCCUGGGCCAACAAGCUCCCACUUUCCCCUUUCCCCGAGUUGCUGUAGGCGCUGCCCUCCACUCUGAGAAGACGUCCUCGUGCAGAAUGGGAUUCCAGCCCCGUCACCAGGUCCCAGCUCCAUCUGCAAGGCUGAGGGCCCCAGCACAGCCCCCAUUAAUGAUGCCCUUCAUACCCUCCCAUCCCAGCCCUUCUCAGGGCACAGGGACACAGUCCACAAGCAACCACCCCGUGCUUGGGCCUUUGCAUGCUGGCCCUGCGGUAAGGCCCGCUUUCUCUCAGCCACAGCUGUUAGGAGGACAAAGUGCUCCAACUGAAAACCUGGUUGGAUUCUCUGGAGGAUGGCUGCUUCCUGGUCCCACUCCACUCCUAGCAUCCCUGGACACCAUGCAGCCUGGCUCUACCCCGCUGCCUGAAACUCCUAGACUGCUCCCUCUGCCUCCUAUGGGACCACCCGGCCUCAACCCUCUGGGCUCCCAGCUCUCAGCCUCUCCUGCCAGUUUUCCUGUAGUUUAUCCCCCUGGAGGGCCAGGGGCUCCAUGCUCUAGUGCCCUCACAACCACUGGCAUCUUCACUCCUCGUCCAGGAUCCCAGGAUGCCUGGAAAGCUGCUCCAGCCACAGGGGAAAACCUCCAAAGGAAAAAGUUGGAGAUAUUUUUGCCUCCAGCACCAAUUACAGCUCCAGUGAGGAGCCUCGGCCCUGAGCCACCACAGGCCCUGCUACCACAGCCCCAGGCCUUCAGUGUGAGCCGGUCUCCUCCUGGAGCCCCAAGAGAACACAGCCUGCAGCAACUUAGUCCCGAGAAGGUGGAGAAGGAGCUGCCCCCAGAGCAUCGGUGCCUGAAGGACAGCUUGGAGGCACUCCUUCAUCGCUGUUCCCUGGCUGCCACUGACCUGAAAACAAAAAGGAAGCUGGAGGAGGCAGCUCAGCGUCUAGAAUGUCUGUAUGAGAAGCUUUGCGAGGGGACACUCUCAGCCCAUGUCCUGGCUGGGCUCCACGAACUGGCCCGAUGUGCGGAUGCGGGAAGCUUUGAGCAGGGCCUUGCUGUGCAUGCCCAGGUGGUGGGCUGCAGCAGCUUCAGCGAGGUGUCCAGCUUCAUGCCCAUCCUGAAGGCUGUCCUCACCAUCGCACACAGGCUGCAGAGCUAAGGCAGCCCCUUCCACAGGGGGCCGUUCCUGCUGUUUAACUCCUGGAAGAAAGGGGGAGCUUUUCAACAGGUUGUGUUUCUUUCUCCCAGCCCUCUUCCCUUGCGGCCACUAUGUGACGCCGGAGCUCAGCUCGGUUCCACACCAGCCAAGUGCCUGUUUCUUAUCCCUGUAUGCAUGGCCACCUGGGGUUUCGCUGGCUGCUUUCAGCCUGGGAGGUAGAACUUAGAGUUGGGCCUUACGUUCCCUCGUGUGGCAGUCCAACAGGGCUUCACCAGAAUGGCUUACACAGGGAUACUCUGCUCAAAUGGCUUCCGAGAGGGUAAACAGUGUCGUGGGUUCAGUCUGCCUCUGCCAUGACUCAUAUUAUACUUCUUCUGUUUUUUCUCUUCUGGAGUUAGAGCCUUUCCUCUGACUUCAUAUUCUAUUGUAGCCCCAGGUAUUUGGGGAGAGUUGGCUAAUGUUCCCUUUUUGAAUAAGUUGUGGGCUUAAGGAUUGAGUGAGUGUUGAACAGAAUCAAGAGAGGAAACUAGCCCUUGAAAAAAUGGAACUUCUCCUGUAUUAGCAUUGCUCAGGAUGGGCUGUGCUAGGGGCAGGUGGAAAUAGAAAAGUGCCUUUUGUUUAGACUGAAGAGCAGUGGUUCUCUGCAUGUGACCCCUUUGCCGGUCAAAUGCCCUUUCAAAGGGGUCACCUAAGACUAUUUGCAUAUCAGAUGUUUACAUUAUGAAUCAUCACAGUAGUGAAUCUACGGUUAUGAAGUAGCAUGAAAGCAUUUAUAUGAUUGGGGGUUUCACCAAAACCUGAGGAGCUGUAUUAAAGGGCCGAAGCAUUAGGAAGGUUGAAGACCACUGCUCUAGAAGAAUGACUCUUGACACCGCCCAGGCUGAAGCCUGGCCCAGGCCUUAAACUAUCUGUGAAUUUUAAGCCCAGUUCUGGCAUCAGAGCCUAGCUUCUGAAAGGAUCAGGGUCCUUCUUCCACUCAGCUCUCUUAUGUCCCAAACUGCUUUCUCUGGCCACAUUUUCAUGCUGACCUCUUAACAGUGCAAUAAAGUGGAUUGAUCUGCUUUCCAAA